GCUGCCUACAGACGGUUGACCUGGACCCUCCUCCACACCCCCCUCCUCCUUUGCUCCCCACCCUUUCCUGCACUCGGGCUCCGGCUCGGUAUAAAAGGCGGGAGCGCGGGGUGCCCCAGCAGCGCCCAGUCUCAGCACCAUGGAGAGCCCUCGCUUUCGGCUGCUGCCCCUUCUGGGAGCCGCCCUGCUGGUGCUGCUACCUCUGCUGGGCGCCGGUGCCCAGGAGGACGCCGAGCUCCAGCCCAGAGCCCUGGACAUCUACUCCGCCGUGGAGGACGCCUCCCAUGAGAAGGAGCUGAUCGAAGCGCUGCAGGAAGUCCUGAAGAAGCUCAAGAGUAAGCGUAUUCCCGUCUACGAGAAGAAGUACGGACAAGUCCCCAUGUGUGACGCUGGUGAGCAGUGCGCAGUGCGAAAAGGAGCGAGGAUCGGGAAGCUGUGCGACUGUCCCCGAGGCACCUCCUGCAAUUCCUUCCUCCUGAAGUGCUUGUGAGGCGGCCACCCUCCUCCAGCAGUCCCUACUCCCCGUAUUUCCCGGAGAGGACCACUUCAUCCCCGGAGUUGGGCUUUAGCAACAAAAUUUGCGUUUCCCUCUGAGGGCGAAGGGGCUCUUUUCCUGCUGUUUUCAAAUAAAAGAACACAGUAGAUGUUACUUUGUGAAGGAUAAUGCCUCGUAUGGUGUUCACACGUGUGCAAAGUAUUCUUUUCUUAUUUUGUUUGUCUGACAAACUCUUGUGUAUCUUUGUGUAAAGUAGGGGAACUUUGCUUUGAACAUUGUAUUUUCAUGUGUGCAUGACAGAGUGAAAAUUAGAUCUCGUUAAUGUUGGUAGAUGAUAUCACAACCUGGAAAAUAAAUCACCCCAAGCAUCAGCAAUCGAAGCAUGUA